AUGUCGGCUGCGCAAAGUCCUGAAUACGAGGAGCAAAUCGGCCGCAUACGCGAAGAGCUCGCUCGAUGGAACGAAACAUUCUUCAAGCCUCGAGGAAUGAAAGUCGUCUCAGGCGAGGAUUAUUGUGCAGAGACACAGCCAUCGUCCUCCCAGGCCCAAAGUGGCAGCUCCGGAGGUGGUGCCGACAAGCGGUGGAAAUUUGGGCCGGACAAAUUCGGCUUCCAAAUCGGAGGCGCCCUGUUGGGUAUUGACAUGUCGAAACCCGCCAAGGACAAGUGA